UGCGGCACCUCCCGGCCUGGAGGAACGCCUCCCCUUUAAGGGGGCAGGCCUGGGGGGGUCUGGGGCCAGCGCGCAGGAGGGACGCUUGGAUGCCUCGAGGACGCCGUUCGGGCGGGGAGGGUCCCGCGGGUCCCACUGACCCACACGGGGUGGGGUCAGGGGUGGACGCUCGCCCGUACGCGGUAGCUACUGAACAUGCUUGGGCCAGAGUCCGAUGGCAGGCGCCCCACGCAGGGGGAGCGAGGCCCAGGGUACCCCGGAGAGCCCAUGGACAAGUACCAGGUUUUGUACCAGCUGAAUCCUGGGGCCUUGGGGGUGAACCUGGUGGUGGAGGAAAUGGAAACCAAAGUCAAGCGUGUGAUAAAGCAGGUGGAAUGCAUGGAUGACCAUCAAGCCAGUCAGGCCCUGGAGGAGCUGAUGCCACUGCUGAAGCUGCGGCACGCCCACAUCUCCGUGUACCGGGAGCUGUUCAUCAUGUGGAAUGGGGAGAUCUCUUCUCUGUACCUCUGCCUGGUGAUGGAGUUCAACAAGCUCAGCUUCCAGGAGGUCAUUGAGGAUAAGAGGAAGGCAAAGGAAAUCAUUGACUCUAAGAUCAAGGCAGAAGGCGUUCCUAACCACAGAAGGUUCCCAGUCGGUGACCAUGAUUCCAGAUUGUUCUGCCGGCUGGAGUACAAUGCACGAUCUCGGCUCACUGCAACCUUCGCCUCCUGGUUCAAGUGAUUCUCCUGCCUCAGCCUCCCAAGUACCUGGGACUAAAGGUGCCCACCAUCACACCCAGCUAAUUUUUGUAUUAUUAGUAGAGACAAGGUUUUGCUAUGUUGCCCAGGCUGGUCUUGAACUCCUUACCUCAAGUGAUCCGCCCGCCUCAGCCUCCCAAAGUGCUGGGAUUACAGGCGUGAGCCACCGCGCCCAACCAGUUCACUUUCUUAAUGAUGUCUUUUGAUGACACAAAGUCCUAACUGUAAUGAAGUUCGCUUUCCCAAUGCUAUCUCUUAUGGUUAGUGCCUUUGGAGUUUAGGAAGCCUUUUGUGCUCCAAGGUCAUGAAGAUACUCUCCUCGGUUCUGGAAGUUUGGUCAUUUUUGCCUUCGCAUUUAGAUCUUUCAUCUCCCUCAGAAGAAUGCUGCCUGCUUUUACCCUGAGAAUGGUGUUUGGUGGGACCAUGUGCCCCUGAGGGGCUCUUCGGGGCACACAGCUCUUCUCUUACUGUGGGCCUCAGAGGCAGGCCCAAAGUGGGUUUCAGACUUUGAGUGAAGCCCUUAAAACACGAAAUGUUCCCAGAAACCCAGUAAGUGCAGCAGACCUACUCUAACUGGGGAGAGUGGGAGGAUGCCCACGUCCUGCCCCCUCAGCCCCUCUCUGACACCCCAGGGUGGCCCUGAAUCCAGGGACCCUAGGAGCCCAGCUUCAGAACCACCGCCCUGGGUACUCGGUGGAGCUUGUCUCUGACGCCGAACACUCCCAGCAUUCUCUCUCAGGGUUCUUUUCAUUAGAAUGACUUAGAGGAGCGAGCUCGUGUAGGCACUGAAGGCUUCCACCCCUCCCAUACCCGCAAGGCUGAUCUGCCUUCAGCUCCCGGCAAGUGUGGGGCAGUGCGGGCCGCAGGGUGGGGUGCAGGGAUGGGGCCCUGCAGCACCCGGGGUCUCUGGUAUAGAGACAGCAGUGUGGAGUCUGGAAACUCUGAGUCCUUCUGGCUGCCGCCGCGGCUUUACCAUCUGGAGAGCCACCACACUGAAGCCUCCUCCACCCUGAGCGCUUGGCUGGCUUCAGGCCUGUCUCAAGAUGCAGGGAGAGAAAACACCACCAUCCUGCUGGCUGCUCUGAGUGUCACCCCCCGAAAGCAGCGCAGGGCGCCCCUCCCAUCCUGGCACCCCCUGCUUCUCCCCCAGUGGAUGCAGAAUGUGCUGGGCCAAGUGCUGGAUGCGCUGGAAUACCUGCACCAUUUGGACAUCAUCCACAGGAAUCUCAAACCCUCCAACAUCAUCCUCGUCAGCAGUGACCACUGCAAACUGCAGGACCUGAGCUCCAACGUGCUAAUGACGAACAAAGCCAAAUGGAAUAUCCGUGCGGAGGAAGACCCCUUUCAUAAGUCCUGGAUGGCCCCUGAAGCCCUCAACUUCUCCUUCAGCCAGAAAUCAGACAUCUGGUCCCUAGGCUGCAUCAUUCUGGACAUGACCAGCUGCUCCUUCAUGGAUAGCACAGAAGCCAUGUAUCUGCGGAAGUCCCUCCGCCAGAACCCGGGCAGCCUGGAGACCGUCCUGAAGACAAUGGAGGAGAAGCAGAUCCCGGAUGCAGAAACCUUCGGGAAUCUUCUGCCCGGGAUGCUCCAGAUCGACCCCUCGGAUCGAAUAACGAUAAAGGACGUGGUGCACAUCACCUUCUUGAGCGGCUCCUUCAAGUCAUCAUGCAUCUCUCUGACCCUGUACCGGGAGACGGUGCCUGCGUCCAUCACCGACAUGCUGUUAGAAGGCAACGUGGCCAGCAUUUUAGAUCCGAGGAGGGGAUGCACACACAGCAGCCAGGCCAGUGUGGUGCCGAGAGACAGGGCCCUGAGGCCCUGGUCCUCAGAAAGGUCCCUCCCCUGCCUUCCUGUCCCUGCAGAGGUCAUGCAGAACUUCUCUGGCUGGCCCGAAGUCCAGUUCAGGGCCAUGAAGAGGCUUCUGAAAAUGCCUGCAGAUCAGCUAGGUCUGCCGUGGCGCCCGGAGCUGGUGGAGGUGGUGGUCACGACCAUGCAGCUGCAUGACAGGGUCCUUGACAUCCAGCUGUGUGCCUGCUCCCUGCUGCUGCACCUCCUGGGCCAAGCGAUGGUGCACCACCCAGAAGCCAAGGCUCUCUGUAACCAAGCCAUCACCUCUGCCGUGCUGAGUGCUCUUUGGAGCUACCCCGAGGAGGAGUCACUCCUUGUCUUGGUCUACAGCCUGCUCGCCAUCACCACAACCCAGGAGUCACAGUCAGAGUCAGAGUCAGUGUCAGAGGAGCUGCAGAACGCCGGGCUGCUGGAGCACAUCCUGGAGCACCUCAACAGCUCCCUCGAAAGCAGGGACGUCUGCGUCAGUGGCCUGGGCCUGCUCUGGGCCCUCCUGCUGGAUGGUAUCAUUGUGAACAAGGCCCCUUUGGAGAAGGUCCCGGACCUCAUCAGCCAGGUGUUGGCCACCUACCCUGCGGAUGGGGAAAUGGCGGAAGCCAGCUGCGGAGUCUUCUGGCUGCUGUCCCUACUGGGCUGCAUCAAGGAGCAGCAGUUUGAACAAGUGGUGGCGCUGCUCCUGCAAAGCAUCCGGCUGUGCCAGAACAGAGUCCUGCUGGUGAACAAUGCCUACCGGGGACUGGCCAGCCUGGUGGAAGUGUCAGAGCUGGCGGCCUUCAAGGUGGUGGUGCAGGAGGAGGGCGGCAGUGGCCUCAGCCUCAUCAAGGAGACCUACCAGCUCCACAAGGAUGACCCAGAGGUGGUGGAGAACGUGGGCAUGCUGCUGGUCCACUUGGCUUCCUACGAAGAGAUCCUGCCGGAGCUGGUGUCCAGCAGUAUGAAGGCCCUGGUCCAGGAGAUCAAGGAGCGCUUCACCUCCAGCCUGGUGAGUGACAGAAGCGCCUUCAGCAAACCAGGCCUCCCUCCAGGUGGAAGCCCCCAGCCGGGGUGCACCGCGUCCGGGGGCCUGGAACAGAUGAUUGCAUGGAACUGACCUUGAUCUCCACAUGUAUGGUUUUCAAGACUGCUCUCCCGCCUGCCCAUUAUCCUGUCUCUAUGACUGGGCCAAAAUCAAUCUUCAACAGGAGGGGUCAUCAGACCUCUCCAGAGUUUCCUGUCCAUGACUACUGGAUUGAGUCACAUGAGUAACUGCUCCUGGACCCGGGAACUGUCCAUGAAAACUGACCCGCCUGCUUCCUCCUUCCAGGAGCUGGUUUCUUAUGCAGAAAAAGUGCUCCUGAGGCUGGAGGCGGCCACUUCUCCCAGCCCCCCGGGCAGAGAAGCAGCUCAGCCCUGAUGCUGGGGAGCAGACAGACACCCCACAGGCCCCUCCUCCACGUGUGCCCUCUCCCUGCCCUUCCUUUCCAUGGGUCACUGUUUCCCUUGGGGCGGCAGGGAGGGUCGUCUGGGACCAGAAGGCACACCUCACACUCCUCUUAGGUGAAUAAUAAAGAGGCCCAAGGCCAGUUUCUGCCUUAA